CUCUUGUGUUGAAUACUGAAGAAUGUGACUUAUCCUGUUCAAAAACUGGAUGUUCACCUGGAUAUUUUAUUGUUCACCAAAUGUAUAAAGGGCACACUCACUAAUGCCAUUGAAGUUGUUUCAGAAACGAAGAAACCACACAGAAGUAGACCACACAUCUCUCUUUACAUCUAUGUUACUGGAGGAUUUUUAAAAGAGUAUCUUCAUGGCUUCAAAACUGUCUUUCCAUCUUACGUGUCCAGUGUGUUUGUGCUUCUUCAAUGAUCCAACAAUAUUGCCAUGUGAGCAUAAUUUCUGCCGCCAAUGUAUUAUGACUUAUUUGGACUCGGGUGCUACCACUUGCCCGGAAUGCAGACAACAUUUUAGAAAACAGGAUCUGAAAGGAAACCGAACUCUGAGAAACCUUGUGGAAGACAUCCAGCAAAAACAGAAGACAAUCAAAGUGAAAGACCUGCAACAGAUAGCCAGGAAUGGGCACGAGAUGUUGUGCUCCGAUCACGAGGAACCUCUCAAACUGUUUUGUGAGAAUGAUCAGAGGUUGGUUUGCCUCAUUUGCAGAGAGGGAGAGAAACACAGUGGACACAGUUUCAAGCCUGUUAAAGAGGCUAUGAAGGAAUAUGAGAAUGUGGCGAUGCAAGCACAGAGCUUCUUUUCUGAUGAAAACAAACAAGUGGGUGACAUGAUCUUUAAUCAGACCAAUGAAAUCACAAAAUCUAAGGAAAGGUUCAAAUAUCUUGAGGAAAGAAUGCAUGCUCAGUUUAAGAAAAUGCACGACUUUUUGAGGGAAAAGGAGGAAAAGAUGAUGAAGCAGCUCCAGGAGGCGGCAAACAGCGCUGAGGCCACAAUGAAGGAAAAUGCAUCAAUUUUGGGAGAGUUACAAAUAAAUUGUAACAAACAGAUAUCAAUUUUGGAGUCAGGACUAAAGAUUAGCCAACCUGAGAGUUUUUUGCAGUGGUGGAGUGAAGAAGGUUUUCUUUUGGUUAAGAGAAUCACCCUCAGUGAGAAUAAAGACAUCAAGUCUGCUUUGCAAACUACGUCAAGACUUAAAAGCAAUCGAGUGAUUUCUGACCACUUCACCAUUGGCCCUUAUGAAACUGACCUGCCACUUAUUGUAUGGAGAGACAUGCUAGACUUUGUUAAAGAAGGCAUGAAUACAUCUACAAUCGACAAAGACCUGAAAUUGUCUAUUAGAAAAGACGGCCAUCUGCAGUUUGAAGGCCAAGAGUACUUUGCCAGACAUCAAAAGUUUCACAAUGGAUAUAAAGACAAUUAUGUGGAGAAUAUUCAAACUGGUCAGGUGUACUGGGAAGUUGACACGGGAACUGAACCAGGGUGGGAACACGGACUUACAGUUAGAUACUAUCCAAAAGACAAGAAUGCUUCUUUCCUAAAGACAUUAUUGUCAUAUAAAAGUUAUGAGAAGUUAUCUCUUUUGGUAAAAGAUAACAGUGUGUAUGCUGUCAGGGGUGAUAAUGAAACCUUACUUGUCAACCAGGUUAUUCCCAGGAGAGUUGGAGUUUAUAUAGAUUGUGAGAGACGACAGGUUGUAUAUUGCAAUGCAGACAAUAUGUCUCUCAUUCACACAGUGUGGUGUGCAGAUAAAUAGGUUCUAGGAUCUAAAAAAUGAAUUAAAGCAUUUAAAGCUGUAACCCAAUUCGAAGGCUGUGACCUCCGAAGGCUGCAUGCCAAGAGCGAUUGUAUCAUAGAAGUGCGAUUUGUAAGGUCGGCCCAUCCUAAUGCCAAGGCUGCUUAAAAUGCAGGCUCAAAAUGUAUCCUUCUUUCCUCAAGCCAUGAAGGACAGAACUAUUGGAUACCUCACAGUCUAGGCUAUCCCAAAAAUUGUUGGGCACCUGUAACGUCUGUAUAUAACAUCUUGAUAUUUAAAAAAUAAUCAUUUAAAUCCUAUGUUAAAUAAAAGUGUGUAUUUUGCAGAAA